CUGAUUGGCUCGUCAACAGACCUUCCGCCUGUAACGUUGCACGACUGGCGCGAGAGGUUGAAUGUUUUGUAGGUUACGAAAGGCCUUCAGGAUCAGAAAACGAAUAAUUUAUUUGGAAACUUACAGAUGAAAGUAUUUACGAAAUGUCGAGGUACCGAGCCUGAUGGAUAUCAUAAAUACGUUCUUAAUGCUUAAAUGGCUGGAAAUCCUGCAAGAAGAGGCCUAUUUGAAUGUUUCAAUGCUCCUAGUAGUUUAGAUUUGGGACCACUUGGUUCAAACUGGUUUGAAAAACUGACAGCGGAGGCUUCUGCACGUUGUGAACAGGAAAGCGACGCAGACCCUAAAAACUAUAAAGCCCAUUGUGACAAAGGAGAUUAUUUCAGUACACCAUGCCAGAAACCUACUUUAGACAGCCAGAUGGCAUCUACACCAAAAAUAUUCAAAGGACAAGGCAUUUUGUCACCUGAAACCUUUACUUCAGAACAAGAGCUGGUCACAUUGGAAAGAGGAGCUCUUACAAAAUCACGUAGAAAACAGUUUAAUGAUGACACAAGCCCUUGUUUAAAUGCAUCGUCAAAAGAAAGCCCGGCAUUUUUAAGAGAUAUUUGUAAAACACCUCGUCGUGCUAAUAACUAUGAUGCUGUUGGAUGCCUAUUGGACACACCAAAAAUCUUUUUGGUUGAUGAUGCAAAACGGAUUUCUGAAAGUCUAGGAGUAACUGUGGAUCCAGACGUGUCAUGGAGUAGUUCCUUAAACACACCUACGACUGGGACACCUACACUUAUACAGUCUAAGGCAAAAGAGGAUAUUUGUCAAAAAAGGAUUUCUGAGGAGGAAUCUAGUAUUUUUGUGCGCAAACUCUUCCCCUGCCAAACCAGUACAGCUGAUUCUGGGUCCAAUGUAAUCCCUGUCACAUGUGAAGAUGAACAAAAAAUCAGCACUUUUGUCAAAAGCUAUGACUUGAAUGAGGAAUCAGACUGUUUGAAGAACACAAGUGGAAGCUUUGAAGGUAAAGGACAAGGCGCUGCAAGUACACCUUGGAAACAGACACUACCGGAUGCCCUGCAGGAUGGGGAAGUACGCAAGACUGUUGCUAGUGUACUUCACGGAGCCGAGGAUGUUUUGUCAAUAUUUUUUAGAAACAGUACUAAUUCAGGACUAAGGCGGGUGACAUCCAAAAAUAGCAGGAAGAGGGAAUCAAACUGUUCACCUAAAAAUGCUCUGUUGAAAUUGCCUUCAACUGCAGUGACACAAUCCUGUGAAGAGGCUGGCUUGUCUGGAGCACUUCAGAAAGAAAGAUCACAUUUAACAAAAGUGACAGAUUGCUCUGAUUUUGUUAAACAAAGUUGGUCUGAAGUCAGAAUCUCUGAAAACAUAGAAUGGUCGCAGCUAAGCAUUUCAGAAUUAAAUGUUACUCAGCUUGAGAAAACAUGCUACAAUGUACCUUGCUCAUCAAAAACUGUUGCAUCAUCAGAAACUAAUGAACCCAGUGAAAAAGAAGUAAACACAAACUCCCCUACAAGAUCUAUAGAAAAUGACUGUAGGCCCGUACAAAUUGAAGUUUUAUCUAAAAAUGAAACAAUUUUGAACAGCUCAGAUGUAAUCUGUGGUAAAUACAUUAAGACAAAUGAAACCGAUAUUGUGUUUCAUGAUGAAGCGAACACUUCAGAUUGUACAAUUGCAGUGCUGUUAAAGCAACUCCCUGAAUACUCCCCAACAGAUCUGCUACUGUUAAAUAUCCAGAUGCCUGAAAUAAAAGAACAAACUGAAAAGAAAAAUGAAGAUGUGGAAACAAAAGAACAUGAUUUGCAGCAAAAUGUUCAAAAGUUUACAGAUGUUCCUUCAGAUAAUGUUGAUCCUUUAAAACAAGAACAGCUGCUGUUGUGUAAUAAUUCAGCAAUGUCAACAACAAAGAAACCCCCGAGGAAAUUUCUUUACUCCCUUCAGGACCCUCUCAACUCUGAAGAGCCCAAACUUACUGCAGGCCAGAGCGAUUCAUGCAAAUUGUCAGCUGCUGCUGCUUCUGCAGAUUCUUCCUCUAAAGAAACACCUGCAGUUAUUGUACCCAUUUCGGCUGAAACCAAAAGCAAAGCCAAAAUCAAUGGGUGUCUUAAUAACCAAGCAAACCCAGAAGUUUCCGCUGAUGAAGUUACUGCAAUAGUUCCGCUAACAGCUAAAUACUGUGAGGUUUCUCACCCUUCAGUUAAUGUACAACGUAAAGUGUCAGCGACUGCAUGCAGUUCAGCAGCUGAAUGUUUAAGGAAUAAAUCUGUGACCAAUCAGUUGCAGGGUUCAAAAUCUGAUCAAGAAAGUGGAAUGAUAAAAACUAAUUUUAAACAUGAUCAUCCUGUGGUGCUGCCAUCUGAUAUUUCUGGGAAUUACCUCAUUGAUGAUAUCCAUAACAGUGUGAAAGGCUCUCAAUCAGCUGAACUGAACCAGUGUGGGACUAAAUCUAAUACAGUGAAAAGGACAGCAAGAGAAAAGCAGGAAGGAACUACAUUUGCUAACUUAUCAGCUAGUGUUCAGAGUUGUGAGUUAUCAAACGUCACACAUAGUUCCAGUAAAAAAGAUGAGAGUUUUGUACACAUGGGUUUUAAUACCGCUAGCAAUAAAAUAAUGGUGGUGUCUAACAGAGCAAUUGAAAAUGUUAAACUGGAUGAGUUUUCUGCAGAUACUGUAAUGGAUAUGUCCAAACCUAAAGAAUCAACAUCUUUCAAAACACAACACCAAGCUCCAUGUAAGGACUCUUUCAGUGAAUGCAUUGAUUUGUCAGGAAAUGACAUUGUGAGAAACACAAGGACAGAUCCUUUGUCAGUGUCUUUGGAUAGAUCCAGUGAUCUUUCUUCUCUAAGCCAUGGCUCUUCCAGUUUCUCGGGUUUUAAAACAGCCUCCAACAGCACUAUACACGUGUCUUCAACAAACCUUGAGAAAGUCAAGUUAUUGUUUAAGGAAAUUGAUGAUAUAUGCCUUACAGAUGAUUUUCCAGAUAAUAGGAGUUUCAAGAAGAAAGAAGUGAAAUACCUUUGCAGUAAAGCUGAAGUAACAAUAACAUCAGAAUUCCCAAUGCAAACUGAUCAGAUCAGAAGCCCUUGUGAGCAACUUGCAAAUAAACAAAAAAUACCUGAAGCAAGUGCUAAUUUAACAGCUAGUCAAAAAGCAGAAGUUGUGGAACUAUGCCGUUUUUUGGAAGAAGCCGAUAGCCAGAUUGAGUUUACACAGUUUAGGAAAGCAAAAAAGGCUGCACAUGAUACUGGUGAAGACCUGUCCUGCAGUACCAGAGACCCAGAGCUUGCUUGUUCUCACGCAGAUAUUUCUGAUAUAUUAAAAGGUGUUGAUUUUGAUGAUAGUUUUAACACAGACUAUGAAGAACAUUUUAUUCUAAAUCCAGUGUUGGACAAAAAGACCACCAACAAUUAUUUCCCUGAGGAAGUCUCUGUUUCAACCUUUUCCUCAGACGGACAUUUUGACUUGCCACAUUUUGAAGGAUUUUCCACAGCUAAUGGAAUGAAGAUAAAUACCUCAAAGGAGUUUCUUAAAAGAGGAGAAAGUUUAUUUGAUGAUAUUGAUGUUGGCUCUGUGCCGUUGAAGAACCCUGCACUUGAUUCUGAUACGAAAGUUACAGACCUUUCAGGUGGUUUACCUGUCAAUAAGAUGGUGGAUGCUGAUAGUACUUCCAAAGUAAUACAGCAGACUGUUUCAAAAUAUCACCAUAGUGAACAAUUGGAAGUUGAGACUAUAAAUAAAGAAGGUCUGUUAGAAGGUUUUCACACUGCUAGUGGUAGGAAGUUCAGCCUUUCAAAAAAAGCUAUGGAUAAAGCAAAUGCUUAUUUUGAAGAAUGUUUUACUGAAAAUGGAAAUAAAUAUGGUCCCGAAAUGCUAGAAAAGAAACAUACCAAAGAAUAUUAUGGUACAGGAGUUGCCACAGGAUCAAACCAAACUACCCAGGGAGUAUCACCUGAUUCUCCUCAUAAUAAUGUCAUUUUAAGAGAUGAUUUGCAGAACGUGAAAGGCAAAAUACACAUUACUUGUACCAGUGAACAAAGUUUAGCUUUUGUAAAUCAGGACUUGAUAGGGGCACAAAUGAGUGAUGGUGGAAUUGAUGGCUUUACAACUCUUAGUGGCAAGAGAGUUCUAGUCCAACAAGAUUCUGAGGCCAAAGCUGUAGCUUUGUUUUCUGAUGAAUACCUACUUAUCAAGCCUGAUCAUGGAAACUGUUUCAAUAACCCUCAAGGAUCUAUAACUGAGGAUGCUAUGAUCACUCCCAAGAGCACUAGAUCAAUGAUUGCCAGUACUGGUAAAAGACCAGGCUGUCACACUGUCAAAGACAAAAGAGAUGGUGUCACAUAUUCUGAGGCAAAGAAAACUGAUCAGGGAAGUGAAUUGGUUUCAAAAGUGAAUACAGUCACUUCAAGCUAUAUGCAUUCAUGUGGAUUUCAAACUGCUGGAGGAAAAUUUGUCUCGGUUACUACAGAAGCAACAAGAGCUAAAGAUAUGUUUAAAGAUAAUGACCUGGACAGUAAACUAACCAAAAACAUUGCAGAAUCAGCAGCAAUUUCAGAUGUUCUUAAUGGGUCUGAAUUUAAAACACUGCAAUUGUAUAGGCCAGAUUCUAAAUUGCAAGAUGAUCUCAAUUCUAAAAUUGAUUUUUCAAGAAAGGUGAAGCCUAUGUUGUCUGAACAAAACAGAACUAUGCAUAUAGAAGAAAGAAACAGUCCAGGCUAUAACUCCCCUCCUAAUCAGCCUACACAUUCUUCUGACAACUCGCUGGUCUCUUCCAUCAAUAUAAGACCUUCAAAUACAGACCAACAAAAACAUUGCCUGUUUAACACAAGUAUGGCUUUAAGCAGUUGUCAAGAUGCCUCCUUUGAAAACACUACUGGCCAUAAAGAUUCAACUUUGGAAGCAGGGGCAAUUAAACGCUCACACAGAGAUCUUGAUGCUGGUGGCAUUUUAACAAGUCAACCCUGUGGAUUUUCAACUGCCAGUGGAAAAGUUGCAGUUAGUUUGCAGGCUCUAAACAAUGGAAGAGAAAAUGUGUCUGACUUAGAGUUGGGGAGUGAAGAAUUAAUGGCACUUGUGGACAUAGGAGAUGUGAAUUCAUGCAAUGAACAGAAAUGUUUACUUGAACUGAAGCAACCAAAUUAUAAGCUUCCCACACUACCUACUGCAACUUUUAAAACUGCACGGGGGCAUGCUCUAAAUAUUUCAGAAGAGUCAUUAAAUAAAGCAAGGGGUAUGUUUUCUAAAUUAGAAGAGGAUUAUGGAAGUGAAAUUGGGAAAGUUCAGAGGAGCAGCAUAUGUAGAAAACAUAAUGAUGCUUUGCUGACUGGGGACAAAACCAGUGAAACCCAAAAGUUUACAAAAAGUUCAGAAACUCUGCAAACAACCAAUAUUUCUGUUCAAAAUCAAACCAAAAAAAAUUGUGCUGAGUUCAGUACCGCUAGUGGGAAGAAGGUGUCUGUUUCUGAAAAGGCACUUCAGGAUGCCAAAACAGUGCUAAAAGACUGUGAUGAAACUGCAACGAGUAAUCUCAGUACCAACUUAAAGGAAGAAACUCCAAAAGCAACAAGUUCUGGUCAAAACACAAAAAUCUGUUCUAGGUUUAGUAUAGCUAGUGGAAAGGGGGUUUCUCUUUCCGAAAAAGCAUUUAGGGACGCUACACCCAUGUUAGGAGAAUUUGAUGAAUCUUUUACCAAUAAUCUCGGUACCAACUUCCUAGAAGAAACUGCAAAAGCAACAAGUUCUGGAAAAAACACAAAAGGCUGUUCUGUGUUCAGUACUGCUAGUGGGAAGAGGGUGUCCGUCUCUGAAAAGGCACUUCAGGAUGCCAAAACAGUGCUAAAAGACUGUGAUGGAACUGCAACGAGUAAUCUCAGUACCAACUUAAAGGAAGAAACUCCAAAAGCAACAAGUUCUGGACAAAACACAAAAGGCUGUUCUGGGUUCAGUACAGCAAGAGGGAAGAAGGUGUUUGUUUCUGAAAAGGCACUUUGGGAAGCUAAAACAAUGCUAAAAGACUGUGAUGAAACUGUAACUAAUGAUCUCAGUAUCAACUUCACAGAACAAACUGUAAAAGCAACAAGAUCUGGACAAAACUCAAAAGACUGUUAUGGGUUUAGUACAGCUGGUGGAAAGAGUGUGUCUGUUUCUAUAAAAGCAUUUCAGGAAGCUAAAGCCAUGCUAGAAGAAUUUGAUGGAAAUGUUACCAGUGAUUCAAGUACCAGCUUCAAAGAAGAAAUUGCGCAAGCAACCAGCCAUUCUUCUGGGUUCAGUACAGCUAGCGGAAAGAGGGUGUCUGUUUCUGAAAAAGCAUUUCAAGAAGCCAAAACUGUGUUAAAAGAAUUUGAAGAAAGUAGUAGUGACUCUAAAUCACAUGGUUCAGAACAGCUUAUCAGUAAUAUAAGUAAGACACCGGGGGAACUAGAUGCUGAAAGCAAGCACCUGAACACUAAGUAUAAGGAACUUCAAAACAGCCAACAAACACCAAAAGGAUUUGGCUAUUUAAGGUCAUCAAAACAAGCAAAUAAAACAUUAUCUGAUGCUAAGGUUCUGUCAUCAGUACUGCAAUUGAACAAAGAAAAAAAAAAUAAUAUGGUGACAACAGCAACGGGUGUUAAAAGUAAGAGUAUGGAAGCUGCUGUUUCAGACCAUCAAUCCAGCCUCACCAAAGAUGGGUCAUCAUCACUGCUUAAUUUACACACUGAUUGUCUUAAUGAAUGUACUGAAACCCAGCAGAGAUACUUAGAGCAGGAAGCCAUGGAGUGCACCAAGGCUUUGAUGGAUGAUGUGGACCUAACUGAUGAAAAACUUCUUCGCAGCCAAAGGAAUCAAACUGACAGAACCGCUGGUGUCAAUAAUACAAGCUGCCUGUCAUCUUUGGUGAAAAGUUUUAGAAAUGGAAAGAGAAUCAGAUCUGUAGGACAAGAUUUAAAAGAAGAACCACCACUUAAAAGACAACUGUUGGCAGAAUUUAAUAGUAGCAUUGAACAAGGAAAACAUUCUAUGAAAAAAGCAUUUGUAAGCAGUCCAGGUGCACUAAAUGACCGAAGAACAUUCACAUAUAAUGUCCCUCUCAAGCCAAUAGUCACCCAUCCCUUCAGUUAUGGAGAAAGCACUGGACAGAAUGGACAGAAGUCAAAGAGGUUUGAACCACAGAGUGUUGUUCCUGAUAAGCCAUUCCACGAAGCAAAAACUGUCAGAACUGCUGUGUUUGUACCUCCAUUUCGCACACAUUCAAAUUCCGAAAUUCCCAGGAGCAGCACUUCACAGGAAGCCAAUGGAGCGACAAGCACUUUUGUCCCUCCCUUUAAAACAAAACAAGCUUCACAGGUGUUGAAACAGAGUUCUCUGCACAUUAACCAAGCCAAUGAUAAUGAGCACAGAAACACUACCUUCCAGGAAGCUGAUGAAGUGCCCAGGACAUUUGUCCCCCCCUUUAAAACAAGACAAGGCUCUUUAAAAGAUUGUGAACAUACUGCAAAUACAUUUCUUGACAUACCUCAGACAACUAAUGAGCAGGAGACUGUCACGGACAAGACAAAUGCACUUGAUAAAACGGAAAAUGGUAUGCCUGUGAGCAUCCACUCUAAACAACUGUCAACCUCAGAAGAACCUGAAACAGAUGACGAACAAAUGGUUCAGAAUCUUCACUGUGCAAGGGAUAUGCAAGAAAUGAGGUUGAGGAAGAAAAAGCGGCAAAACAUUAGGCCGUGGCCAGGAAGCCUUUUCAUGGCAAAAACUUCUGGAGUUGCAAGGAUAUCCCUGCAUACAGCUGUAGAUGCCAAACCCCCUGCUUCUUAUUCAGCUGAACAGUUGUACAGAUUUGGAGUUAGUCGACAUAUGUUACAAAUAUGUAGUGAGAAUGCAGAAUCCUUCAGAUUUGACUUGAGAGAUUACUUUAGCAGAGAUCUCAUUAAAGCUGGUAAUGGAGUGCAACUUGCCGAUGGAGGACGGCUAAUACCCGAUGACAAAGGAACAGCAGGCAAAGAAGAAUUCUACAGGGCCUUGUGUGAUACUCCUACAGUUGAUUCAAAGCUUAUUAGUGAAAGUUGGGGCUAUAACCACUUCAGAUGGAUUGUGUGGAAACUGGCAGCCAUGGAAAAAGCCUUCCCCAAGGUGUUUGGAAGCAAGUGCCUGACACCUGAACGACUACUUCUUCAGCUUAAGUACAGGUAUGAUGUGGAAAUUGAUAAGAGCCAGAGAUCUGCAAUAAAAAAGAUAACUGAAAGGGAUGAUACAGCUGCAAAGACACUGGUGCUCUGUGUUAGUAAAAUACUAUCAACAGGCUCAAAACCCAUUCCACAUACAAACAGAAAGUCUGAUAACGGUGCCACCCCGAACAAAGACCUCAAGAAGGAAGUGCCGGUUGGUAUAAUAGAAGUGACAGAUGGAUGGUAUGGCAUUAAUGUUCUGUUAGAUCCUCCACUCGUAGCGCUGUUGCAGAAAGGAAAGCUGGCUGUUGGUAAUAAGAUUGUGACACAUGGAGCCGAGUUGGUUGGUUCUCAGGAUGCCUGCACACCCCUAGAAGCUCCUGAAUCUCUUAUGCUUAAGAUUUCAACAAACAGUACUCGGCCUGCUCGCUGGUAUGCCAAGCUUGGGUUUCACCUUGACCCUCGGCCUUUCCGGCUACCAUUAUCAUCGCUUUACAGUGAUGGUGGGACGGUUGGAUGUGUUGAUCUAAUCAUCCUUAGAAGUUAUCCUAUACAGUGGAUGGAAAAGAAGCCGAAUGGAGUAUAUUUGUUCCGCAAUGACCGAGCAGAAGAAAGAGAGGCACAACGACAAGCUGAAAGUCAACAGAACAAAAUGGAAGCCCUUUUUACAAAACUACAAGCUGAAUUUGAAAAUGAACAUGAAGCAAAAUGCAAAAGCAAAGACAAGAAAAGGCAGAGGUUUAGCAGGCAGCAAAUCCAGUCUUUACAAGAUGGUGCAGAACUGUAUGAGGCAAUCGAGAGCUCAAGCGAUCCUGGCUACCUUGAGGCCUGCUUAACUGACCAGCAGCUCAAAGCUUUGAGCAAUCAUAGACAAGUAAUAAAUGAACAAAAACAAGCCAAACUUCAGGAAGAGUUCAGGAAAGCUUUAGAAUCUGCAAAGGAGGAUGAAAACGGUUGCUCCAAAAGAGAUGUUACUCCUGUUUGGAAAUUACAGGUUGUGGAUUGCAGAGAUCAUCAAAGUGACACAGCCUACAUGUUAAAUAUCUGGCGCCCAAUGCUGGAGCUACGUUCUUUAAUAAAAGAAGGCUGUAGAUAUAGAAUUUACCAGCUUUCAACAUCACAGUCCAAGGGACUAUCUGGCAGCGGUGUUGUACAGUUAACAGCCACCAAGAAAACACAGUUUCAGCAGCUGCAGGCAUCACCAGAAAGCCUGUCCCGGCUCUACCAUCAUAGGCAGGCUGUGAACUUCAGGUUGCUUUCAGACCCGUUGUUCCAACCACCCUGUGCAGAGGUGGACUUGGUGGGUUAUGUGAUCUCUAUUGAAGAAAAACAAGGUGGUGCCCCAGUGAUAUAUCUAGCUGAUGAAAAUCAGAAUCUUGUGGCACUGAAGACAUGGACAAGUCUUAAGCAACUAGCAGCUGAGGAUAUUGUGAAGCCAUUGACCUUACUGGCGGCAAGCAAUCUACAGUGGAGACACAGUAGAGCAGCCGAUAUUCCGACAGUAUAUGCCGGAGAUCUUUCUGUUUUUUCUGCAAGUCCUAAAGAAGUUCAUCUACAAGAUGCUUGCUUACGACUGAAGAACACUGUGCAGGAUAUUCAGCAUUUCUGUAAAGAAUGUGAGGAGGAACUCAAAAGCAUAAAAACAGAUGGUGCAAGUUCAUUGCAUUCCCCAGGGGAAUUUUGCACCAAUCCAAAAAGGCCUAAUUGGAAAUCAGAGAACAGAAAUCUGGUGCCGCCUUGUUUGGACAACAAGACUCCGCAGCCGUCCAUUUACGUGUUUAAUUCACCAGCCUGCAUGAAAUCAACACAGUGUGUUGGAGUUGCUGAAAAUCAGGACCCUAAUAGCCUAAAGAGGAGAAGAGGAUUGGACUUUCUCUCUUGCAUCCCAUUACCCCCUCCAGUCACCCCUGUGAGGAAUUUUGUGUCUCCAGCCAUUAAUAAAGCUUUUCGGCCUCCAAGGAGAUGUGAAACACCAGUGACUAUUACAAAUCCAGGAGUUACUCUUAACAACAGUGAAACUACACCUUGUAAGACACUGGCUAUUCCCAACCCGUUUGCAGAGGAUCAGUGGGUGGAUGAUGAGGAACUUGCAAUGAUUAAUACACAGGCACUGCUGAAUGGUUCAGGGGAGGACAUCAAAGGGGAAAGUAAUGUCAAAGCGGCUACGACUUCAAGAAGCACUUUGAUACACAGUGUCUGUUCUCAGAACAACUUCUCAGUAGACAAACCAGCCCCAGAAAGAGGGCUUGAAAGUAGACAAAGUGUUGGUGCUCAAGAAAAUGGUAACCAAGAUGAAGCACUGCAAAACAGUGAACAAAAUAAAAGUGUUGACCCUUUGCUCUGUCAGCAAAAACUCCAAACAAGAAGAAAAAGAAAGCGUUGACACUUUUUUUGUACAAAUAGACAAUAUGCAGUUAUACUUUUUGUGUCUUUUUGUAUAUACAUUUCACUGUAAAUAUAGAUUUUUUAAAGAAGAUUCUGCAUUUGUUUGUAUUUAAAGUAUAUAUGUAAUUGUUGUAAAUAUGGUUGUUACUUAACUGUUAUUUAUGAACAGAAAAUGUUUCAUACAUAGAAAAUAUAGUCUGGGAUACAGCACUACAAGCUUGUAAUGCACAUCGUGAACUUUCUCCAAGAUCCAGGCUUUCUAUAGCCAAUACUGUCCUUUUGGUCCUCUCCAGCAAGUACUGGGAUACAGCAUGGCUUGUAUUUAAGCAGUGACAAGGUGCUGUGAGGGCUCUUGCACAUAUGCAUUUUGUCAUUUUGAAAUAAGUUUUUGUUAUAAAGUGCUAUUUACAAUUAUACGUUUGUUUAUGGUAUUUUUUUAUUGUUAUUUGAGAUUUAAGAUUAGUAGUCGUAGUGGUAUUGUUUGAAACCUUAAGCAUCAGUAAACAAAGCCAUUUAACUACACUGGCAUAUACUAAAGAGCUGCAGUAAAUCCUUUUCCCCUGGUGGCUGUACUGGGGAAUAAUAAAUAUUUAAAUUAAAUAAAUACUAUACUCUUGA